AUAGAAUAAAAUAAGAAGAAUAUUUAAAAUGUUAUCAUAAAAACUUACAUCACACAAAACUAAAUUACAAUGGUAUGCGAAGGAAAACCUUAAAAAUUCGCCACUCCGGUCAAUAAUUGUAGAACACAAACAAUGGAAUUUCAUAGACCUGAGGCUUAUACAUACGGAUUAUUAGCCAAAAAACCGAUAAGCGAUUACAAAUUUCGAAUUCGUGACAUGGAACGAAUGCGUCUUGAAAGACAUCAAAUGGGAACUGAAGAUCAUUUUAAAAGCAUAAAAAGACAUACUCAACACAUCCAAAUGAUCGACAUGGCUGAUAAGAAAUGUGUCUAUAAUCUAAUAAAAAAAAUGGUUGAUGAUGAAAUGAAAGCCAAUGAACAUUUGUUUAUAGAAGACUGUCCGAAACAAGAUUUAAUAGAAGAUGAGAAGGAACCAGAGCUUUCUAAAAUAUCCACAGAAGAAUUACAGGAAAUAAUUGAUGAGUCAAAAACAAAAAAAGAUGAAAUAGAACGUAAAAUAGUGGAAGAAAAACGUUUACAGCAUUUCAUAGUAAAUUCUGACGAAUUGAGAGUUGCAGCUAUUGCUAAACGUAAAAAAGAAAUAGCUGAAUUUAACUAUAAAAUUAUUCAGGAAAAAGAAAUGAUCGCAAAAGAACAAAAAGUGAAAAAAAGGGAGCUGGCUAAUUUAGAGAACACAGAAUCACUUAAAUUUCAGAUUCACCAAAAAGAACAAGAAAAACGCAAAAUUUUGGAACAAAAAGAACAAUUUCGAAAUGAAUUACAUAAACAAUUACAAGAAAAAGAAAUUAUACGGGAACAAGAAAAAGAGUUGAAAAAUAUCGAACGUAAUGAUUUAAUAAUGUUAAAGAAACAAUUAGUUGAAGAGGAAGAACUUGAAAAACUGGAACGAAUAAAAAACCGGAAACGGAACAAAGAAGAAAUCGAACAGUUCAUCGAAGAACGAAUGAAAUUAUUUUCAAAACCGAACGAGACGAUAUCAACUUUAAACGAUACGUUUGCAACCACAAAUCCGGAUAAUUUUACUAAGAACACUACAGAUGACUGUGAAGCAAAGAUUCAGUUGCGACGUGAAAACGAGAUGUUUAUGAAGCACGACGCGAUGAUCAAAGAAGAACGCAGAAAGCAAAACAAUGAAAUGUCGAACAUAUUGAUGAAACAAAUGAAGGAAAUAGAUGAUCUGAAAUUAUCCAUUGAACGCAAAAAUUAUGAAUCACGACGGAAACGCGUAGAGGAAGGGAACAAAAUACUAAUGGAACAAUUGAAAAUACGCGAAGCAUUGAUCGAACAACAAAAACAAAUAAAUCGCAUGACGUACGAAGAGUCGAUGAUAGAUCGCGAAAAAUAUUUAAAUGAGAUGAAGGAACUGUCCGAAAAGAGAAAACAAAACAAAUGGCAGAUUAGAAAAUAUUUAAACGAUCAAAUUAACACCAGAAAAAAGAUAAGGAAAAAACAAAAAAUCACCGAAAUGGAAAAUCAUCGAAAACAUAUGAUGGAAUUAGCUGAACAAGAAGAACUACUUCAAAAAUUAUUAAAACAAGUUUAGGCUCACGAUUAGCUAAUACUAAUAUCGGUUGGCGAAUGUAGAGUUUUUUUCUUUUGUCAGGGAUUCCAAAAUAUGUUUGGUAAUUUACAUCAAUUAUGAAUAGAUUAGUCAACACAAGUGUUGAAAAAAUGGACGUUAUCAGCCUAGUCACACGAGCCUUAACAUAAACGACAUUUAUAUAAAAUAAGCUACAUACAUUUAAUUAUUCUCUUUUGGUCUUAAAAUAUGGACAAUAUAUACAUUGGUUUUAUUAUGUACACUAUAGCAAAAGAAAAAAUGAGUGCAACAAAAAUGUUGGGUUCAUCAUAAAAACCGAGAACGAAUAUUGAAUAGUUCGUUUUACUAUCAUUACAACAGUCAAAGAACAUAUAAAGUGAAUUUUUUUUUAAAUUUUUUCGUGUGUCACAAUAUACAUUUGAUGAACUUGAUACCAAAACUUAAGUCUCUAUGAGCGUCGUCAUCGAUAUUGACCAAAACUUAUUUCAAAACAGAAUUUUAAUCUGCACCCAGAAAAUCUCAAAAAGUGGAUCACUGCACCCCCAGCGAUGCAAUAUUUUCAAAUGGUUCCGUACUUCUCUAGUACAACACCAAUUGUAGUUACAUCCAUUAUAAUAUUACAUUUCGCACCAAAUUACCACGAAAAAAAAAAUUAGCAUUUAAAGUUUUUUUUUUUUUUAUUA